GCCUUCAAAAACAACAUACUCAUCACAACAGUUCUUCCCAUCCGGAACCCACACCUACCCUCUUCCAUAAAUCUCUCUUGUAUGCAAGUUCAGGCAAUCCUGCUGCUGGUUUUUCCGGGCAAGCCAUGAUUAGAGCUCUAAGUACACGGAGAAGCCACCGCGGGUAUGACCAGUUAGGCAAGGAGCAGCCUCUCAUGGGCGCAGAGGAGGCGCAGCUGAAGAGGGUCAAAAGCCUGCCAGCUGGAGUGUUCGGUUCAUCCAAAAAAUUAGCCCCGGAGUCCACCUCCCAACCCAACCCCCCGUCGAAGCAAACAAAGAAGGCCAGCAAGAGUCACCCUCUGUUUGGCCUCUUCUAUGGGCGAAGAAAGGGGAAGACGACAGCCAAGCCAGAAUUCUCUCGGUACAUAGAGUACGUGAGGGAGGGAGGGGUUUGGGACACGAAUUCAAACACGCCUGUAAUACAUUUCAAGUAACCCUUUCAACAAAAGGUUGGGCAUUGGGGUGAGCCGGUGAGGCAUAAAUCAUAAAUGCACAGUGUCGCUGGAAUUGCCUUGUAUUUGACAAAUUUAAUGAAUACUAGCAUCAAUUUCUAAAUAAUUGAUCCGAGGGUAAGCUUGUUGAUUUGUGA